AUGGUCACGUAUCAACUGAAAAUUCUUACGACAGCCGUAUUCACAGUGUUAGUGUUAGGUCGAAAACUAUCUAUCCAGCAAUGGGUGUCGCUCUUCUUUUUGUUUGGUGGCGUAGCGAUAGUUCAAUAUGAUCAGAAAAUGUCAAAUGAUCGAGAGAAGGCUGAACGAUUAGCUGCAGCGAUGGCUAACGACAUUUCGACAACUGCCAUGCCAACUAUUGAAGACGCUUUCACAAAGCUUAUGGAUUCUACACCAGAGAUGUUCAACGAUACAACGCUCGCACCAGCUGCAUUGGAUGAGAUAACACGUCCCAAGCGUGAAGUUCACGAGCAGAAUUCUAUUUUAGGUUUCAUUGCGGUUCUGGUAGCAUGCUGCCUUUCUGGAUUCGCUGGCAUCUAUUUUGAGAAGAUUCUGAAAGGAUCAGAUGUGUCUAUAUGGAUUCGAAACAUUCAACUAGCACUUCCGUCCAUAUUCUUCGCUUUGCUGUUUGCUUUUGUGAAAGACAACAGCGUCAUAUUUGCCGAUGGUAUUGCUCCAGAGGCCGUAUGGGGUCGUAUGCUGUUUGGAUUCGAUUGGGCUGUAUGGGUUACGAUCGCCAUCUCGGCGUUCGGAGGUCUCGUAGUCGCCGUUGUCAUCAAAUUCGCCGAUAAUAUCUUGAAAGCUUUCGCUACCUCAUUUGCAAUUGUGUUGAAUUGCAUUCUCGCAUAUUUUCUCUUCAACUUCCGGCCAACGAUGUUCUUCGUGGUGGGCGCGUGUUUCGUCAUAGGAGCUGUAUUCGUCUACAGUAUCUAUCCGUAUCGGGUUCGCAGUGAGCCUCGCCCGACUGCCGAGGAAAUGACGGCAUUGAAGGAAAGUAAUGAGAAGGAAGCGGUCUAA